UAAAGUAAAAAAGAGUGCACCAACAAUUGAAUUUUCUCUCAGUUGCAAACUAUAGGAGGUGCAAAAAUGUAAAGAAAGAGUGCAACCAGCAUUGAAUUUUCCCUUGGUUACAAACUCUAGGGGAAGGGAGAUUUCAGCCUUAACAAAAACCUAUAUGGAUCCAAGAAAUUCUGCAUAGGGUGCGCUGCAAAAAGCCAGAAAUGGAUGCUGUGUUAGUCAUGCCAGACACCCAGCUAGAAGGAUAGCAAAGGGUACCACUUCCCACUUAGCAAUGGUGUUUGAGGAAUUGUUGUGCCGUUUAACAACUCUUUGCUUCUUUGUGUGCUGUUAACAUGGUGCACCAUAUGGGAAUGAUAUCACUCAGCCUAAUGAACAGCAGAUGCAUGAAAGUAUAAUCCAUGAGUCUAUUUCACCUGGUACUGAACUUGAUAUGAAAAAGCGGUUACAUCCACAGCUGAAUGCUGCAGAACAUAGACCAGUCAAGGCUGUGGGAAACUUAACUUGCUCCAAGUCCUCAAGAUUAGUGGAAGAAGGAAAAGGACCUGAUCUUUUUCCCAAUCGUGAUUGCUCAACAAUUGGAAGGUCAUUUUGUGAAGUUGAUGGCUCAGUCACGAAUCCAGCUGGAGCUGCUGAAUCCCCCGUAGACAUCAGCAUGGAGAGAUCUUUGGUAAUCCCCCAUGAAGAUUUGAGCCAAUCCAAAGUGUCAGUACCUGCAUCUGGAAUCAAUUCUGAGGAUCAAUUUGUUAAAGGUUUUAGCCCUUUCAGACUUAUACAAGACUAUGCUUCUGAUGAAAGUUCAGAAAAUGAUGAUGAGCUUCGUCCCCAAGAUGUUAGCCUUGUAGCAGUAUCUCCAUCACUUAGAGCUGGUCCAACAAGUUUUUACACCGACGUGGGUCAUGAUUUCCAGAAAGAUCUAGGAUCUAAGAGUCUUCCAGAGGUUGAGACAGGAUUUGGGCGAGUCUCUGAGUUUGUCUUGGCAUGUUCUCUGAACAAGCCAUCUGAAUCUAUGGACUCUUCAGUAAAAUUUACGAGGGAUGUGAAAGAAAUUUAUACGUCAUCUCCUGUAACUCGAAAAGCUGAGGAAUUUGUUGGUAAUAGUGAUCGGAAUCAAGAAUCAACUAAUGAUGAUGGAAAUCUUAAAAAAAAUGCCUUGGGUCUUGAUGCUGUGCCGGCAAGUGGUAAGCCUCAGAAGGAAGAUGCAAAGGUCGAUGAGUUUGGCAGAUUAGUCAGAGAAGGUGCUAGUGACACAGACUCUGAUGAUUCAUACUAUACUAGGAGACGUGGUAAGAGGGGCAGAAGUUGGAGCCGAAGCCGUUCUCCUCAUGAUAGGAGGAGGAGGAGUCCAUGGAGAAGAAAUGAUAAGCGCAGCCGAUCUCGCAGCUGGUCUCCCAAGAAACGAAGAAGCAGGAGUCGGUCUCCUUUUAGGCGAGGUGUUGAAGUUGGUGGUGACAAAAUGAGACGGGACAAGGGUCAGCUUCCAGAUUGCUUUGACUUCCGUCGUGGCAAAUGUUACCGUGGGGCAUCCUGUCGAUUUCGGCACAAUGACUCUGACAGGAGUGAGGGAUCAAGGUGGUAUAAGAGCAAAAGGCAGUAUCAAGAAGCUCUGCCUAGGUCAAAAAUUUCUGAUUUCCAUGAAGAGACUCAGACCAUUCCUCCUAAAAAAUCAGUUUGUGAGCAUGAUCAAGUCAAGAAUAAAGAGAUGCAGCUCGUUCAGGAUACAACUGGAGGUAGUUGGAGUCCUUCAAAGGAUAUGAACACGAAUGAGGAAAAAAUGGGAGUUUCUGGUAGGACUUGUGGGGGGGAAGAUGGUGAAUCAUUGGUUACUGCCAUGGAUGAAUCUGUGGGGCCUAGAGAGAUCCCUGCACAAGGGCUGCAAAUGGAAGACAUUAAAGAAGAGCACGUGGAGCCCACCAGUGGGCUUCCUGAUGAUAAAAGUUGUCUGGAAGUGAGGGAGACCAUCCCACUGAUCCAUAAUUUUCCUGCUCUAGUUACUGAUGCUGAUGCAAAGAAGUUACCUGGGGACAGUUCUCAUGCUGUACAGGAGAAAUUGGGCUUUCAGCAACCUCAAACUCAUCUUUCUGAUCUGGUGCUCCAAAAUUCUGAUCACCAACCUCAGCAUAUGGGUGAAUCUUCUAUAUCCGAUUCUUCAGUUGUGCAGACAUCAUCAGCCAUCCCAAAUCAGCUUCCUAUUAAGGGAUUUAAUCCAAAUCAGAUUUCUUCUAUUCAGUCAGACCGUGAAAUGAAUUUUGUGAGCAACAAGCCCUUUUCAUCCGAGUCUCUGGCUCCAAAGGAAUUGUCCUCGCUUAUUCCACAUCUUCCUUCCCAUUUACCACCUCCCAUUCCCUCAGAUACACAAGGCAUAACCAGAGAUUACAACUUGAUGCCACCAACUGUAACAUUUUCAUUUCAGUCGUCUUCUAUGGAAAAUUAUCCUCCCUAUCAACCUCCAUUGCCCUACCAAUAUUCUCAUUUUCCUAUGCCAGAGAGUUCUGCGAGAAGCUCUCUGCCGCCGCCGCCGCCGCUGCUACUUCCACCACCGCCGCCGCCGCCGCUGCUACUUCCACCACCGCCACCACCACCACGUCCACCAUAUGUGAACGAGGCAACUUUAAAUGCCGCAAUUGCCCCACAUGGUGGAUCUUCAUUACAAUCUCAGCAGAAUCUGCUGCCUACGAGGAAUGACCUCUCUUCUCACACGUUUGUCAGGCCUCACCCUACCGAACUGCCUGCUCAUUCUCAGGUUGGUGAGUUUCAGCAUCGAAUCUACCCUGCAGCUCAGGAGCCUGAUCGACCUCUAUCGCACUUGGAGGAUUUCAGACAAAGGACAUUGCCUGUGAGCAACCCGUUGAGUCAGUCUUCUGGUGGCCCUUGUCUAGGCGGAGAAGAUCGCUUCAGACAACUUCCGGUACAGGGUUUAAUUCCUUCCAGUUCAUUUUCUCAGGGAAAUAUACACCCGGAGUCCGUGGCUUUCUUUAGGGAAUCACCAACAAGGAGAAUGCAAUCUUUUCCUGCAGAAAAUCUGCCUCCAGGUGAUCUUCUUACUCCAUCUUCUCAGAGUAAUCCAUAUUUGCAAGAGCCUUUUUAUGGUUUGCAACGCCCUGCACCUGAUAGUGUUUCUAUGCAUCUGGGUGAGCCUGGAAUGAUAAAUUCUAAAAUGUUGAGAUACACAUCAGAUUUUCCUGACAGGAAUCAGCCAUCUCUUGUGUCCAAUUUUGGAGUUUCCAGAAUUUCAAAUCACUACAACCCUUAUGCAUCUACAUUUGACAAGCCUCUAAGCUCUAAGUUCAGUUCGAAUGUUAUCAAUCUAGAAAAGGACAUGCCCAUGCCAUAUGGUCACAAGUAUGGUGCUUCAUUCAGUUUGAACCAUGUUCCACUCGAUGGGCAAGGUGUUGGUAGUUUUGGCUCAAGAAAUAUGGCUUCCUCACCAAAUUCUGCCCGGGCUGUUGAGCAGAUUUUACCUAGGUCUGGUGGUGACCAAUAUGAUCCACUAUUUGACAGUAUUGAGCCAUCGUCAAACUCAUUCAGGAAAGCUGAUCAUGAUCAAAAGCGUGAAACCACUGAUGAAUCGGACAUGUUAAGGCUCAGUGGAUCCAACAAGCCAUUGGAUGUGGGAGAAACCAACAAAAAGAGAGAGGCCGGAGCUGUUGUCAUUACUGUGUCUCUAGACAAUGACGAAUAUGGGGAGACAGCAGAUGCAGAAGUGGGUGCUGUCGAAAAUGGAAGCCCAAGCGAUCCAACUGAUGUUGAAAAUACAGCUGCUGGAGAGAUUGAGAUUGAUCAGGUUAAGACUCCUGGAAAAAGCAAGAAGAGCAAAGAUUCCAGAUCAAUGAGACUUUUUAAGAGUGUCCUUGCUAAUUUUGUAAAAGAGGUUUUAAAGCCCUCAUGGCGCCAGGGUAACAUGAGCAAGGAAGCAUUUAAGACUAUUGUCAAGAAGACAGUAGAUAAAGUAUCUGGAGCUAUGAAGAGCCACCAGGUACCCAAGUCCAAGGCAAAGAUAGACCAGUACAUUGACUCGUCGCAGCGCAAAUUGACGAAGCUUGUAAUGGGCUAUGUUGACAAGUAUGUUAAAGUGUAAAAAUUGGCUUAAAUUCUGAUUCCAGUGACGAUGAAAUUUUUGAUUGUGUCUGCUAUGGAAAAGGACUCUGCAGCUGGUUUUGGGAGGAUACGUUAGUGUUUGCUAUGUAAGCUAAAUUAUGGCAACAGUUACGCCCAUGACAUCAAGGCACAUGAGAAGAGGGCGUUUCUGUAUGAAGAAGUUGAAUCAAGCCUCAGCAAACUUCUGAGGAACCUCCUGUAUGUAGUUCAUUUCUAGUGGUUACUCCAUGAUCCUGUCUAAAUAUUAUGAACUACUUGUAAAGAAUCUGUUUCACAAUAUUUUCUCAGCUGGAUAUAUGUUUCUCCAACACUUUCAGCAUUGACAUUAGUUUGAAAUUGAGUUCAGAAUGGCAAAGCUUAUUGAAAUCUUAGAUUGGAAAUCGAAG